GUUCUGUCUUCGAAUGAACUCACAAUGCGCAUGAGUUGGCUGGGUGCAACUUGUCCAAGAGCGAGAAUGAUGCAGCUUCAUGUGAAUAGGCAUUUUCGUAAAGGACCAUCGGAUUCUCGUCUAACGGAUGGUGUAGUGUAUACAUAACGCUGGCAGAUCUCAUUCGUCUAGAGACAUCGGGAGAGACACCUGCGAGUAAUGUCCGACGUGCUGUACUCGUGCUCAAUCGAAAAAUAUCGUUGAUAGAUAUCAUGCGCUUCUAGAAGGAUACAAUUGUGAGCAGCUUGAGUGUGGUCAGUGUGUUUCGCUCGAUGUUAAUAACAACUCUCGGCCACAAGAGAAGAGUAAGCCAUAAUAUGGAUGCAUGCGAGUGUUUUGCAGGAAAUUCCGAGGAGCUUUCCACAUCAGCGAUCAAAGAGUGUUCGUAUUAAAUGACGUCAAAAUCGUCAUUGUGAGCAAUGAUAGAAUUAUAUCUUUUUGUACCAAUGGGUGACAUUUCGUAGCUGUUGGAAUAUUUAUAUUCUUUUUCUAUUGAGAACUCAGUCGUUAUCUAUUUACAUUAUUGACAUUGAGAAAUGCCAGCACCACCUCCACCUCUUUCAAACUUACCUGGAGCACCCAUGUGUGAAAAAACAGAAGACACUGACACAAUGAUACCAAACAAUGAUACCGACGAUACCGAUUCCCUGCCCUCUUGGGCUAAAAUCACACUCACUCCCAUAGAAACUGAAAUUGAAACUCUCAUUGCACGAAAUGAAUUGAAAGAAGCUGAGGUAACUUAUUUCUGUCAAGUAGAGCCAAUUCUUCAAGACGGGCCACAAUGUGGUUUAGUAGCACUUGCAAUGGCAGCACAAGAAUACACAAAACCAGUUUCGGUAAGCCAACUUCUUGCUGAAGCUCGUGUUAGAGGAUUUACGCAGCACGGAGAAGUAUACAGUGUCGAUUUUAUGGGAACAUUGGCAGCGGAAUAUCUACCUGAUCACAGACCCGACAUACUAGUAGAUCUACAACAGUGUCCAGAUACAUUAACUCAUGCUCUGGCACAUGGAGCAUUAGUGUUGAUUCCUUAUGACUCUGAUUUCAAUCAUGCUCCGUGUUUGAAGAGGGGCCACAAAGCACACUGGGCAUUGCUUGUAGGACUAAUUAGUUCUAGACAAGGCUAUCACGUUUUGGCACGGCACGGCAAGUCUCGUCAUUUGGCUUGCUGGCCCUUACGAGAUCUGAUUGAAAGUAAUGGCAACUUGGAAGAAGAGGGUACAGCAAGACAUGCAGGAGGAUACGUUAUACCAAAGGGUGGUGUUGGAGGACAGAAAGGUUUACGCGGCAGAGCAUUGGCAUUACAUCCAUACAUAUAGAGUUAUGUCAAAAAAAUGUAGGUAAUUGAUAAUACUAAGAAAAAGAGAGAGAAAACAAUUUACCAAUAUGUACGAUGUUACUUUAAUCCGUAUUACAGUACGACGUACAUUCUCGAAACACAAUACUGCACAUACACGUACACACACACGCACACAUACAGCUUUCGCAGGAGUCAACUAAUAAUUAUAUGUAUAACAUAUGUGACGCUUUAAUAUGUACACUUAAAUUCUCAAUCAGUGUGUACGAUCAAAACUGUACAUUUACAGACUAUUUUACGCAAAUAUUGAUUGUAACAUUUACUCACCGAAAUCGUUUUUUCCCGCGUCAUCAGAAUCAGGAAGUGGUCUUUUUUAUUUUCACUCACGAAGUAUCACGAUUGUAAAUAAGAAUUUCAGCAGGCCAAAGUAUGUGCACGCAAUCAAACUGAGACAAUUGUCUUAAAAUUACGCAGCUAUCAUAUUGAAAUGCAAGAAAUAUAUGCAUGUAUGGUAAGGCAAAUAAGAUAUUAAAAAAAUGUUUACAUAAAUAGAUAUAUACGAGUAUGUAUUAGUAAGCCGUUAUCGAGAAAGAUGAUUGUGGUUGGCAUUUUUUUUUUUAUGUUGGUGCAAUAAAUAAAGAGUAAAUCUGUUA